GGCCAGGAAAUGCCCGGGAGUGGGUGUCACCUGCCGAAACAACUUGUUGAUUCCUAGGAGUACAGUCGGCUCGCUCUGUGGCUCACCUGUCCCCAGGGCGCCGGGCCGCUCGCCCCCCACUGCCCAGCCAUGAGCAAGUUGGGCAAGUUCUUCAAAGGGACCCGCUCCUCCCGGGCCCGCGCCGCUCCCAGCCCCCAGGAGGCCCUGGCCCGCCUCCGGGAGACCGAGGAGAUGCUGGCCAAGAAGCAGGAGUACCUGGAGAACCGAAUCCAGAGAGAACUCGCCCUGGCCAAGAAGCACGGAUCCCAGAACAAACGAGCUGCCUUGCAGGCUUUGAAAAGGAAGAAGAGGCUUGAGAAGCAGCUCACUCAGAUUGACGGCACCCUUUCCACCAUUGAGUUCCAGCGAGAAGCGCUGGAGAAUUCACACACCAACACUGAGGUCUUACGGAACAUGGGCUUCGCAGCCAAGGCAAUGAAAGCAGUUCAUGAAAACAUGGAUUUGAACAAAAUCGAUGACUUGAUGCAAGAUAUCACAGAACAGCAGGACAUCGCCCAAGAAAUCUCAGAAGCGUUUUCUCAAAGGGUUCAGUUCGCCGACGGCUUUGAUGAGGAUGAGCUUCUGGCAGAACUUGAAGAACUGGAGCAGGAGGAAUUAAAUAAGAAGAUGACAGACAUGAAGCUUCCAAAUGUGCCGCCGUCUUCCCUCCCUGCACAGCCCAGUAGGAAGCCCACCAUGCCCUCCAACGUACAUCGAUCUCGGGCAGCGUCAUCUAGGAGGACAGAGGACGAUGAUGACUUCAAGCAGCUGGCUGCUUGGGCUACUUAAGCUGAAAUGGAAACUUUUGACAUCUAAAUUAGUGAACUACACAUACGAUGUAAAUGUUUUUGCAAAGCUUAGAAGUUAGCAGAGACCUCUUUCAUGAGUUAUUGUCUUUUAUGUAACAGUUAAGUCAUGUGUAGACUCAGUCAGGAAUGGAAAGGGGCUGAUAGCAUCAUAGAAGACCCUUCCAGACUGAUGGAGUCGGGACUAUCUGCCUUAUUCACUAUUGUAUUUCUAGUUCUGGUACAUAGUUGAUUCUUUGUAUAUAUGUAUUGAAAGAUUCUACUGACACUUAAUACAUAUUUCAGCAUAUAAGUCAUCCCUGAGUGAUAUGUACCUAGGGUGACUUGGGGAAAUGUCUAUGCAAAUCCACGGCUGCUGUGUGCAUCCAGGUCACCCAUGGUAAAUGUAAAUACACUUCUAGAACGGCUUUGAAGAGAAGUCAUCAGUGAGUUUAUGUAUAGAUACUUUCAAUUGAGUUUCACAGUUGAAAAAUCUUCAGGGAGCUGUAAUUGACAUUUAUUAUGCCGGUUGAGCUUUGAGUGGGGCAAUGUACGCAUCUCCCCAAAUGUCUGGAAGUACAAGCAUUUUAGCCUGCUGAGCAGGACUCUCCCGGGUGUGAUUCAGCCACUUAGGAAGCUGAGUGAACACUGGCAGGCCAUUACAAUGUUCAUCCUUUUCUGUUUUAUGCUCUCUCGCAUUCUAACGAAAGAAAACAAAAAAACCAAAUGCUUCACAGCAUGCAUUUUGUAAAUAUAUUAAAAUACUGGCAAUUAAAAAUAUAUCUUGAGUAAAAUUUUGCCCAUAAUUAUCUUGAAAUGAAAAUAAAUUAUAAAAGUAGGUAUUUAGCGCGCCAUAUCGUAGACUGUAAAAUGACAAAUAUCACAUUACAAGAUGUUCUGGUGUUCUGUGCACUGUUGAGCAAGGCUGUGCAGCAGGAAGAGUGCCAGGCUUGAGGUAGGAGUCAUGGGUUCCAGUGCCAGCUCUGCACCACCAUAGUGGUCUCUGAGCCCUUGUUUGGGCUUUGGGAAUUUAAGUGCUGGGCUGGACGGUCCCCAGUGGCCCCAUUCUGCCGCAGGUGCUUGGCAAUGGCUCUUUGUCCUGGCAUUCUUCCUGCCCUACACAACACACAUACCAAAUUCUCCUCCUCCUUUAAAUUCUGGCUGAAAUAUUCUGUCUUGGGAAAGUCUUUUUCAUUUCCCAGACUAAAUUUGAUCUUCCCACUUUUGCUUUUAUAGCGCCUUACUUUCUCUUAUGAUGUUUUUCAUGACUUCUGUCAACACUUAACCCUGCUGAGCUGUGGUAGUGUGAGGGACGAGACUAUGUUUUUAAUAGUCUAUGUCCAGGGCUCUUCAAAAUCUCACAUGUACCGUAGGUAAGUCUGUCUGUAUUUAUUCAAUGCUCAGCAACUGACAGACUGGCAGGAUUUGCCGCGUCCCUUAAACAGUGAUAAAUUGGACCAAGCCUGUGAAGCAAAGUAUAGGACUAAGGCAACAGUGUUAGACACUGAAGUAAAGACAGCACCGGUCAGUGAUGCCCAAGAGAAGGGAGGCUGAUGCAGUAUGCACUUCCAGUGUCCUGGCUCGUGCACAGCCCAUGUUCCUGGUGAGUGCUGCAAGCUGGGAGAUAAGGUCGGGGAGGGGGGGGCACACAAAGUCUCCACCAGACCUGGGAAAGAGCUAGUAAAGCGAGUGAAUUCUAAUUAUGCUUAAUUUUAGUUAAUGUAAUUAAAAAACUGUUCUCAGUGCUUUUAUUAGAAGCAUUGACGUAUUUCCGCACCUUAGCUCUGCCUUUUUAACUGUUAAAUUUGUGAAGUCUAUACGUGGGCCAGUAUUUUCUGUCCAUGUGUGUCUUUUCCCCUCCCUCCCUUGUCCCCUCUCGCAGAGGUUUUGGGUCAGAGCCUCACUAUGUAGCACAUGAGUUCACUUUAUACCUCAGGCUGACCUUGAACUUCUCUCCUCUGGUUUAGUCUCUGAAGUCCUGGAAUUAUGGGCUCUCACCAUUGUGACCAGCAUUGGGCAGAACAGAAAUUUACAGCUGAUCUGAGAUGCACUCUAGGUGUAAAAUACCAAUUAGAGUUCAAAGGCAGCGUGUAAAAGUGUAAAAUAUUUCAUUAUUAAUUGCAUAUUGAUUGUAUGUAGAAGUAUUAUUUUAAAUGCAUUGCAUUAAAUAAAAUACAUUGUUGAA